GCAACAAUAUCAAAAUGGAUGCACUUGCAUCACCAACUUUAGUAGGUUGGUACGACUGCCACAUGCGCUAGGCGCUUCGAUUUGAGUUCAUUCAUUCCCAUUCACUGAAUGACUGACAGUGUUUUGCAAUGGAGCAGCACCCAGCUGACGCCCCCGAGCACUGCCCGGGAACGCAGAGCGAGACUGCGGGGAAAGUGUCUGCUUGCGCGGGCUGCCCUAACCAAUCAAUCUGUGCAUCAGGCGCCGCCAGGGCCCCAGAUCCGGGAGUGGGUUUAGUGCGCAAUCGUCUGUCAUCCGUUCGACACAAAAUACUAGUUCUAUCGGGUAAAGGCGGUGUUGGAAAGAGCACGUUCACGGCACUACUAACAAGAGCUCUAGCAGCUCUUGAUAUAGACCGCAAUGUCGGCGUGCUGGACAUCGACGUGUGCGGGCCGUCGCAGCCCCGGGUCAUGGGCGUGGCGGGCGAACAGGUCCACAUGAGCGGCUCCGGCUGGUCGCCCGUGUACGUGGACGAGAACAUCGCAGUCAUGUCCAUAGGCUUCCUCCUGAAAGGCCCUGAAGAAGCUGUUAUCUGGAGAGGUCCCAAGAAAAACCAAAUGAUCCGCCAGUUCCUGAGCGACGUGGACUGGGGUGAACUGGAGUACCUCAUCAUCGACACCCCUCCGGGUACAUCGGACGAGCACCUGUCCGCCGCCACGUACCUGCAAGGCGCAGACCUGGACGGAGCCAUCAUUAUAACUACCCCUCAGGAGGUUGCCCUGCUAGACGUAAGAAAGGAAAUAGAUUUCUGCAAAAAGAUGAAGAUUCCCAUUUUGGGUAUUGUUGAGAAUAUGACUGCUUUUGUAUGCCCGAAGUGCCAUACCCCUUCCAAUAUUUUCCCACCAAACACUGGUGGUGCAGCGAAAAUGGCAGAGGAGAAAUCCUUGCGGCUAUUAGGGCGUUUGCCGCUUGAUCCGAGAGUUGCAAGAAGCUGUGAUGAGGGUGUCAAUGCACUCACGGAGUUCCCUGACUCCCCAGUGGUUGCCGCCAUGCACAGCAUAGUUAAAGAUUUGCAAGCUAUACUCAGACCUGCCAUUAAUACCGGUGGCUCAGAGAGUAUGGACACAUCGUGAUCACUGCUGUUGAAUGAAUUUCUUCCAAUUUUUAAACAAUUCUUUUUAUGUUGAGGGUCUUUCUAGUUUUCAACCUAAAUAUAAUGUUAAAGAGAACGUUACCAAUUA